AAGGAUUACACCCCUGAACUCAUCCACCUACGCUCACGUGGUAGUUCACAGCAGCGUGUGCGACUCACCUUCAGUUUCAACGCCACGCCCAUACCUGCAGAAACCAGGAAAUAUAAAUAUUUGAUGGCAGACGAACUGCUUAUUUUGUUACUUCAAAACUCACAUUCUGUUGGUGGACUAUCAUAUUCGGUAUUUAAUUGUGCAUUUCCAUAGCAAACUAUCAAAUAUCCAGAACUUCCAUUAGGGACACACCCAGUACUGACCAGUCCAACACUGACCUGUUCAGGUCCAGCUGCUCCUGGGAUAGGUUCUACUGGACCAAGGAAGCCCAGUACCUGUGUCUCCGUCGACUCUCUGCACCCAGCUACUCUGCUAUUCUGAGGAGCCCAGUCAUGGAGGAAACUAUGUGGGAGCAGUAUACUGUGACACUGCAGAGGGACCCCAAGAUGGGUUUUGGUAUUGCAGUGUCCGGGGGGCGGGACAACCCCAACGAGGAAAGCGGGGAGAUGUCCAUAGUAGUGUCUGACGUGCUUCAGGGAGGGCCCGCCGAUGGCCUGCUAUUUGCGAAUGACCGGGUGGUGCAGGUGAACGCUACUCCCAUGGAUGGUGUGCCACACUCCUUCGCUGUACAGACCCUCAGAAAGUGUGGAAAAGUAGCCAAAAUUACGGUUAAGAGGCCCAGGAAGGUUCCGGUCAACCUGCUGAAACAUGGCCCUUCCCCUGACGACCGUGUCUUCAGCAACAAUGAUUAUGACCAGGACCGCCACAGUGUGUACAGUGGACGCAGCGGUCAUCAAGAUCGCGACCACAGCCAGGAGAGGGGAGGUUACACAGACGCUGGCUACCAGGGACAGGGCUUUGACCGGGAUUACGGUCGAGAUGACCGGGGCAGGAGUAUGGAGAGGGACCUUGAUCCAGAGAGGCAGUACAGACGAGACGGCAGCAAAGGUCGGACUCUGGACCGCGAACGUAGCCCUGACCGCCGCUACAAAAGUGACCGCACUCUUGACCGUGACCGCAGCCCCAAUCUGCGUUACCGUAGUGAUCUCACUCUUGACCGCGACCCCAGCCCUGACAGGCGUUUCCGUAGCGAACGCACUCUGGACCGCACUAACAGCCCUGACUUGCGAUACAGAGCUGGUCACAGUCCUGCCCGCAGUCACGGUCGCGACCGCAGCUUUGAGCGGAACCGCAAACGUGUUCCUAGUGACCACGACCAGAGGAAGGAGCAGAUGAAGAGUGGGAGCAGGGAACGUCUGGACCGUUCACCCUCCCCCACCUCCAUGCCAAUCCCCAUGUCCCGCCCUCCUCGGGAGCCGGAGCCCCUGGAGAAACCCGUUAGUGUGCUGCUACUAAAAAACAGGCCCAACGAAGAGUAUGGUCUGCAUCUGGGUAGUCAGCUGUUCAUUAAGGAGAUGACCAGCACAGGUCUGGCAUGCAGGGAUGGCAACCUCCAGGAGGGAGACAUCAUACUGAAGAUCAAUGGUACGGUGACAGAGAACCUGUCUCUGAGUGAUGCAGGGAAGCUGAUCGAGAAGUCUCGUGGGAAGCUGCAGCUGGUGGUGCAGAGAGACAGAAGACAGGUCCUCAUCAGAAUUCCUCCCCUGGCAGACAGUGACUCUGAGCUCGAUGAUAUCUCGGAGAUCGAGUCGUACCGCUCCUACUCGCCACAGGAUGACCGACGGGCCCCCACCUCAGACCUGUCUUCCCAUUCCUCCAAUGAGAGGCUCCGAGACAAACCCAGGGAGGACCCACCAAGCAGGCUGGCUAAGAUGGGCGCCAUGCCGACACCAUUCGUCAUGCCGGCACGAGUAUCAGAUAGAGUUAUGGAGGACACGCCCCCUCUGCCAGCAGAGAGGGAGGAGUCCCGCCCAGAAAUGUCCCCAGCACCGGUAGUCAAUGUUGCCCCAAAAGUCCACGCUGCCCCAAAGCUGCCACUGAGGCCAAGCAUAGAGGACCAGGACAUAUACGGCCCAAACACGAGGAUGGUGCGUUUCCAGAAGGGAGAUAGCGUGGGGCUGAGGCUGGCGGGAGGAAACGAUGUGGGAAUCUUCAUUGCAGGCGUUCAGGAGGACAGCCCUGCAGAACAGGAGGGCCUUCACACCGGGGACCAGAUCAUGAAGGUGAAUAACAUGGACUUCAGGGGCAUAGUGCGUGAGGAUGCUGUCCUGUACUUGCUGGAGAUUCCAAAGGGAGAUGAUGUCACCAUCCUGGCUCAGAGCAAACCUGAUGUCUAUAAAGACAUCCUGGCAUCUGGUAGGGGGGACUCUUUCUUCAUCAGGACCCACUUUGAGUAUGAGAAAGAGGUUCCCCAGAGCCUGCCCUUCUUCCGGGGGGAGAUCUUCAAGGUGACGGACACACUCUAUGACGGCAAGCUUGGCAACUGGCUGGCCAUCCGCACUGACAAAGACAACCUGCUGCUGGAGAAGGGUAUCAUCCCCAAUAAGAGCAGGGCCGAACAAAUGUCAAAUGUGCAGAACGCCCAGAGAGGAACAGCCAAUGACAGAGGAGACUUCUGGAGGUUGAGAGGUCAAAGAGCGGUGAAGAAGAAGGACCUCCGUAAGAGCAGAGAGGACCUUACUGCCAUCUCUGUCACCACACGCUUCCCUGCCUAUGAGAGGGUGGUCUUACGAGAAGCUGGCUUCAGGAGACCAGUGGUUGUGUUUGGGCCCAUCGCAGACGCAGUCAAUGAGAAACUGGGAAACGACCUGCCUGAAGAGUUUGUCAUAGCCAAGACUGAGCCCAAGGAUGCAGGCACUGAGAAGUCCUCCGGUGUGGUGAGACUCAAUACCAUUCGACAGAUCAUAGAACAGGACCGCCAUGCCCUGCUGGAUGUAACUCCCAAGGCGGUGGACACCCUGAAUUACACCCAGUGGUACCCCAUCGUGGUGUUCCUCAACCCGGACAGCAAGGGUGGCGUCAAGACCAUGAGGAACCGCCUGGUGCCCGGCUCCAACCGCAGUGCCCGCAAACUCUACGAGCAGGCGGUCAAACUGAGGAAGACCUGUUCUCACCUCUUCACCACGACCGUUGACCUGAACUCAGCCAAUGACGGGUGGUACGGGAGUGUGAAGGACUCUAUCCGGGCACAGCAGGAGCGGGCCGUGUGGGUCUGUGAGGGCAAGUUGGACGGCUCGGAGGAGGACCUGGAUAUUCAUGACGACCACAUGUCAUACCUGUCAGCGAUGAGCGCUGACUACCUGAGCAUGGACAGCCGGCUGACCAGCGACUACGACGACACGGCCGAUGAGGGCGGAGCUUACACCGACAACGAGCUGGACGAGCCAAUGGACGAGCCCCAUCAGCCGGUGUCGGCAAUCAGCCGCUCCUCAGAGCCCGUACUGACAGAGGAGAGACCCCAUCCUGCCCCCAUACCGCGUAUGAGGAGAUCAGGGAGCAGAGAGGGGCUGAGAGAUCCCAGUCCACCCCCCUCCUUCGUCCCUGAGCCCCCCAAGCAGGUGAGGGUGCAGUCUCGCGGGGGCUACGACUCCCACUCCAGUAGCACCAUUAGCAGCGACACUGCCGGGGGGACCAAGCCAGCCCCGCCUCCAGUUGCCCUCAAGCCCACCGUGGCCCUUAAGCCUACUCUGAGGGCACUCAACCAGUCAUCUGAGGACCACGCUGUCCCGGAGGGAGAGGACCCGGCCAACCGCUCCUUCAUGGGCAAGGUGAAGGCCUUUGAAAAGAUGGACCACCUGGCCAGAGCCCAGAGGAUGCUGGAGCUCCAGGAGGCCGAGCAAGCACGGCUGGAAAUAGCCCAGAAGCAUCCAGACAUCUAUGCAGUCCCAGUGAAACUACCAAAACCCAACCACAACCGCCCACAGCCAAUAGGCUCCAGCUCCAACCCGGAGCCCCAGACCCCAUCCUCCAGACCACCAUACUCUGAGAGCAGGGGUCACUACGACGAUGAUGAGGAAGAGUACCGCAGACAGCUGGCUGACCAGACCAGACGAGGCUACUACAGUAACCCCCAGAAAUACAAAGACACUGAGCUGUAGGACAGACAGACCCACCUAUCGCACCCUUCCGUUCUCACCCAAUCAGUGAGGCCCUCACCGUGCUCACUCAAGCAGCCUAGUGUUACGGUUGCCUAUCCGAAUCUUUGGCCCGACCUAGUGGCAGGAGGAUAUAUCCCGUUCCUUGUGACCACUAACCAAGUAUGUGUCCUUACCUUGACUGUUUGUUUGCCUCACUAUGUGGAUGGUGAAUCGGCAUUUUAACCUCACAAUGUCUACCCUGAUGGGUAGUGUUUGAUCUUCACCCUCAACCCCUCGGUCAUAUCUGCCCAAACCAAUGGAGUCUUGAGUACCCGGUCUUUUUUUUAUAUAUAUAAACCUUACAUUUGUGUAUAUAUUUAUCUUUAUACAUGUUAUACAUCUUAAGCAUUCUUUGUUACAUUAAUACAAAUGUAUUUGGAUGGACAGAAUAUUCUGUCUACUGCUGCUCUAUGGUCUGCUAGUGGUGGAGAAUCUAGUCUUUUAUCCUUUUAAGUCAUGCAUUGCAUACCUUUUUGAUUUACUCUACACUUGGACAUUUUGUCUCCUUAAAUACUAGAGAUCAGCACAUACAAAGUGCCUUUAGCUCUGAAAGUAUAACAGUGUCAGAUCACUGAAAGAACAAGCAAGCAGUCAACACUUGGCUCUCAGAGGUGAUGGGCAAAACAUGCCAGUUUACUUCUCUGUAUUAGCUGCAUACAUACAACCUGAGACGAUCACAUUUUUAUGGUAUAUACAGUAUAUACGUUAUUUUUUUCUUCACCAUGGUGUAUAGGAGUGACUCUUACUGUCUUUAACAUGUCUGUUGCUUUGCUAUACAUGUCUGUAUUCCUCUAUCCUCUAUCUCUAUCAUGUUGAUUACCAAGGUGGCUUAGCAGUUCAGACGUAUUUUUCCGUGUUGUCGUGUC